GAAAAGAAAGAAACCCUCCUCCUAUUGCGUUGCGUAGUUGGAAUAGCGGAGGUUUUAGCAAAGGAGGCGUCGUGCCCAGCUGCGCGGAGCAGAGCCACUUCCAACUUCCUUGAAUCUCCCUUCAUUCAACCAUGUCUCUAGUGGCAAACGAGGAUUUCCAGCACAUUCUUCGUGUUCUGAACACAAACGUAGAUGGGAAGCAGAAGAUUAUGUUUGCUAUGACCUCCAUCAAAGGUAUCGGAAGGAGAUUCGCCAACAUCUGUUGCAAGAAGGCCGAUAUCGACAUGAACAAGAGAGCUGGUGAAUUAAGUGCUGCUGAGCUUGAUAAUCUGAUGACUGUGGUUGCCAACCCAAGGCAAUUCAAGAUCCCAGACUGGUUCCUCAACAGGAAGAAGGACUACAAGGAUGGCAAGUACUCUCAGGUCGUGUCCAACGCCCUCGACAUGAAGCUCAGGGAUGACUUGGAGAGACUCAAGAAAAUCAGAAACCACCGUGGUUUGAGGCACUACUGGGGCCUCCGAGUUCGCGGUCAACACACCAAGACUACUGGGCGUAGGGGAAAGACCGUUGGUGUUUCCAAGAAGCGUUAAAUUGUUAUAUUUUGGCUUUUGGAAAUUAGAUAUUGUUGAAGAGGCAGACAAUGUUUUUACAUACCAACUUUGCUUUUUGGUUGUUAAAUGCUCUCUUGACCGUUUUCAGUUUUGUUUGUUAUUUUCUCUAAGCUUCUUUUUAGUUGAAUGAAUGAUGACUCUUUUUACAGACA